AUGCCUACCAUGUCCAACUCAUCCAUCACGACGAGCGGCUCGGAGAAGACGACUCCUCCUGCCUCCCAGCCCUCGUCUAUCAAGUCCGUCGAGUUGCCGACUCGGUCGCCGAAGUUGAAGCCGCAGAAUGGCCAGCCUGUCGCCAAUGCCGAGGGGCAGCUGAAGGCACCCGAGAAGACGUCAGUCAAGGACAGACUGACAAGGAUGUUUUCCAACAAGGGCGAGAUUCCCAAAACGACUGCCGCCGGCGACUCGUCGUCAGCGCCAUCGGCGGCCGCUCAGGCGAGGGUAGCCAACGGCGCGCCGACACCGCGAGCGCCUACGCUGCCGGUCCGCAAGCCGUCAACCACUGACAAGGCGCCUCAGAGCACCGCAUCCGCCGGCGCACCCAAGGCCGCGGCGGCCUCGCAGAGAUAUGUCGUCAACGCCAGCCUGCAAGGCGGCCACGAGCACCACCUCAAGGGCAGCAAGCGCCAAGAGAAGCUGUCGGACAUGUGGAAGACGCUGCUCGGCAGGAAACACGAGCAGGCCCCCGAGGCUGACCUGUCGCUGGUGUCCAGCUGGGUAGAUACUCUGAAGCAGGAAAAGGAUUCGCUCGCUGGCGACAGGAGAGGUGGGCCAAGUGCCACCUCGACCCUCAUCGAGAAGUACGGCAAGUGUCAGGAGGUUGUCGGCCGCGGUGCUUUCGGCAUCGUAAGGAUUUCGCACAAGAAGGUUGAUAAUGGGGAGAAACUCUUUGCCGUCAAGGAAUUCCGUCGCCGGCCCGAGGAGACGGAGAAGAAAUACAGCAAGCGACUGACCGCUGAGUUCUGCAUCUCUUCCUCCCUGCGCCACCCCAACGUCAUUCACACUCUAGACCUGCUCAAGGAUUCCAAGGGCGACUACUGUGAGGUUAUGGAAUUCUGUUCCGGUGGCGAUCUAUACACCCUCGUCCUGGCCGCCGGCAAGCUGGAGGUGCAAGAAGCAGACUGCUAUUUCAAGCAGAUGAUGCGUGGCGUGGAGUAUAUGCACGAAAUGGGCGUUGCCCACAGGGAUUUGAAGCCUGAGAACCUGCUCCUGACCUCCCACGGUGCUCUCAAGAUCACGGACUUCGGCAACGGCGAAUGUUUCCGGAUGGCUUGGGAGAACGAUGCGCACAUGGUUUCGGGUCUCUGUGGGUCCGCUCCAUAUAUUGCCCCCGAGGAAUACAUAGAUCGCGAGUUCGAUGCGCGCGCAGUCGACGUCUGGGCUUGUGGUGUUAUUUACAUGGCAAUGCGAACCGGCAGGCAUCUGUGGCGUGUUGCGAAGCGGGAUGACGACGAGUUCUACGAACGCUACCUCGAGGGUCGCCGUGAUGAGGAGGGUUAUGGUCCGAUAGAGUCGUUGCACCGGGCGCGGUGUAGGAACGUCAUAUACUCUAUUCUGGACCCGAAUCCUACACGGCGAAUCACCGCCUCGCAGGUAUUGAAGUCGGAAUGGGGCCGCGAGAUAAAGCUCUGCAAGGCCGGCGAAGAGGGCCUGUGA